CGCCCGAGCCCAGGCUUCGGCCCGGGGCUCCUGGCUUCCCUCCUCCUUCCCUUUCCCCUGGCCCUGACCUUGGUGUUUCCUUGUUCUCCUCCCCCCGCCCCCCCGCAGGGUUCCUGUGGGAUGUUUGUGCCCCUGGAUGGAUCUUAGAGAUCAGAGAGGUCAAGGGGCUUCCCCAAGGUCACACAGCUAAUUAGGUAGCAUGGCCAGCAUUCCUAUUCAGACUAAAGGCUAGUGUGCUCUUCGUGGACCGCCCAGAGCUGUGCCCAGUGAGGUCUGGGGGAUGGCAAGGGCCCAUUGGACCCAUCUCUCUCUUUUCAGGGCACCUCAACGCCUUGGGGAGAGGGUUUGGGUCAGCCCCCCCCAGCCCCUCCCACUUGGCCGGAUGGAUCAGGAAACACUUGUCACAACUCUCGGGGUUGGCAUGUAGCCCACCUCUCCUUGAAGAUGCUUUAGAGCUGGCAUGGACCCCGGAGGUCAUCUCAUCCAGCCUCCUCAUUUUAUGGAGAAGUUGAGGCGGGGAAAGGGAGACCUGUCCAAGGUCACAAGUUGCAGCGCUGGGAUUCCACAGUCCUCCUUUUACAGAGAGUCUCCAGCCCUGAGGGCACCAGACUUGAAAAUGUCUAUGGACACCUUAUCCAGCAAAGCAUUAAAGAUCAAGCGCGAGCUGGGCGAGAACACGGGCCCACACCUGUCGGACGAGGAGCUGAUGGCACUGUCGGUGCGGGAGCUGAACCACCACCUGCGGGGCCUGUCCAAGGAGGAGGUGGCGCGGCUGAAGCAGCGACGCCGCACGCUCAAGAACCGCGGCUACGCCGCUAGCUGCCGCGUCAAGCGCGUAUGCCAGAAGGAGGAGCUGCAGAAGCAGAAGAGCGAGCUGGAGCGCGAGGUGGACAAGCUGGCCCGAGAGAACGCCGCCAUGCGCCUCGAGCUCGACGCCCUGCGCUCCAAAUACGAGGCUUUGCAGGGCUUCGCGCGCUCCGUGGCCGCGCACGGCGGACCCGCCGCCAAGGUGGCGCCCGCCAGCGUCAUCACCAUCGUCAAGUCCUCCGCCACGGCCUCGACUGCAGCCGCCAGCCCGGCCGCCUGCUCCUCGUGACCGCGGGCCCCGCCCCCUCGCUUCCCCUCCCUGCGCCAUAGGGCGAUCCUGGCCCCGCCCCCGCUCAGGCCCUGUCCCCUGAUCCUUGCUCCGCCCCCCCAUCCCAUCCCUACGCAGAUAGGGUGGUCCUGUUCUAGGUCCUGCCUUGGCGCCCCCCUCCCCCCUCCUCGCUCCCUGACAGGGUAGCCUGGUCCUUGUCACGCCCCCGGGUAGGUCCCGCCCCCACAAUUCCAUCCCGCCCUCCUGGGAUUUCAGUCUCUUCCCCAAUGCCCGGCCUCCUCUUCCGAGCCUUAACACCUCCCCGGCCCCGCCCUUUCCACCGGCCCCGCCUUCCAAAACGAUUUCAAUCCAUUUUGACCACCUGCUUCUAUUCCUCGUGCUUCCGAGGGGCUGCGCAUCCCCUUUCCGGGGCCCAGCGCUUCUUUCCCUGUCUGGCCCUCACAAGCCCUGGGUAGGGCUGGGGCUGGGGCUGGGGCUGGGGCUGGGGGUGGGCGUCACUUUGGGAAAGGUGGGGUCACCUUGUGGACCCCCCUGAGUGGGGAGCUCAGAACCUGAAACAGAGGAGGAAAGCAAGGCCCUCCUCUCCCCCACCCCCCUUAAAAUCUGUUGAUGUUAAAGCAGCAAGCAUUGAUUAGGUGCCGACUUGUGCCAGGCACUGGGAUGCGGGGGCACCCGCCCACUCCCGGCCCUUCACUCCUGUGCCGUGCAGGGAAGGCACCCUGUGCUGCCGGAGUCUUCCCGGUUCUUAGCACCCUGCCUUUCCCCACCCACUUCUAUUUCCUCUGUUGGAAAUGGGCUUGAGGGAGGGGACACACAGGACAGGAUCAGGCCUGUGCCGUGGGGACCCCUGGGCCACCCUCUCUCCCAAGAAAACUGACUCAGCAAACUCCCAGGCCAGGGAGAAGAGGGGCAGGUAGGAACAAUGUCCCAACCUCCCUUCUGCCCUUUCUGUUCUCUUGGUUCCUGCAGCAGAGACCUUGGAAACAGGUUGGAGACCCGGCAGGGGUGUGUGGAAGAGGGUCCGGACAUCCCUCCCAGAGCUGGCCCAUCCAUCUUCCCAGGCCCUGGGGCUCCCCAGGGAUGCGCUGGAAUGAGUCCCGGAUGGCUGGGGUCUCUGGGAAGCAGGCCAGGCCUCAGGGACCAGUCUGCCUAAAGACGUACACGUGUGGCUGGAGAGGAGGAGGAUGCGAGAUGGGGCAGACGGCAUAAGAUCCCAGCUUCCUGUCAGGGAAAACAGCUGGGGCCCCACUCCCGUGAGCACUUUGGGGGAGGAGGCCUAAGACUCUGGGGUGUCUUAUCUUCCAGUGGAGGAAAGCCUUUCGUGAUCCUCCCUGAACUACACCCCCAGCCUCCCCUUACCCUGCUGCUCUGCUCCCCAACCACACACCCCUUCCUCAUCCAGCCCCCACCCCUUUUUUAUUUAUUGCACAGACCUAAGUUAUUCUCCGCCACAGCUAUCCGCCCACCUCACUGGAGCCCAGUCUGGGUGGGAAGGUGGACGAGCUGGACGUUAUAUUUUAUAUCUGCAAAUAAAUCACAUUUUAUCUUAUAUGUAAUAGAAGAUCCUGAAAAAUGACCCCCAGGGGUUCCAGAAUUUAUUUAUUUUCUGACUUACAGUACGCGCUCCUCGCCUCCUGUAUUUUGUAGACUUUCUGAAUAAAGCAAGUUCUUUUUCACUGA